AGCCGGUCGCCGCGGGCGGAGCAGCCUGACCAGCCUGUCUGGGAAGGGGCAGGAGGCGGCGCAGGGGAUGGGCCGUCUCCGGGCGGGCGAGGGCGCAGGCCGCGGGGCAGAGGAGGGGCUGGCGCGGUCACGGCGGCAGGAGAAGGAGGCCCUGACAGGAAAUCCAAGGAGUGGGAGGAGCGAAGGCGGCAGAACAUCGAGAAGAUGAACGAGGAAAUGGAGAAGAUUGCGGAGUAUGAGCGGAACCAGCGGGACGGGCUGCAGGAGAAGAACCCGGUGCGGAAUUUCCUGGAUGACCCGCGGCGCAGCGGCUCCUUCCAGGAGGCCGACCGCAAGGAGGGGAGCCGGCGGCACGUCCGCAACUGGGGGGGGCCCGACUUCGACAAGGUCAAGACAGGCAUGGAGCGGGAGAAGGAGUGGCACGCCCCGGGCCGCCGGCCAGGCCCCAAGAGCGGGGGGCCGCUGGACAUGACGCUGUCCAUGACGGGCCGGGAGCGGGCCGAGUACGUGCGCUGGAAGAAGGAGCGGGAGCAGAUCGACCAGGAGCGGCUGGCGCGGCACCGCAAGCCCACGGGCCAGUGGUGCCGAGAGUGGGACGCCGAGAAGACGGACACCAUGUUUAAGGAGGGCUGUGGCUCGGUGCCAGGACCGGACCCGGGCGCCAGGCGUGACGAGAACAAGCGCCCCCCCAGGCCGCCCACCUUCGGGGAGUUCCUAUCCGAGCACCGGGCCGAGCGCAGGAGGAAGGGCCGGGGCCGACCCGCGCCCGCCAAGCCCUACAGCAUGCACGACAACCGGUGGGAGAAGGACGAGGGGCCGGUGGCCGAGGAGCCCGACCCCCGCCACGAGGAGCCACAGCAGGUGGAGGUGCUGGCUGCCCAGCUGCCCCCCGAGCCCCGGCAGCCCCCCGACGAGGAUGAGGACCAGUGGGAGGAUGUUAGUGAGGAGGAGGAGGAUGAAGGCCACCUCAGCUCGUCGGGCGAGGAGGAGGAGGCAGCGCCCCCCGUUGAGUCCCCGAAAUCCCCGCGGGCCCUGAAGGUUGGGCGGGGCCCAGCCCCCAAGCUGGACAUGCCCCCGCCGGGAGCUCAUGGAGGACAGGGCAAACCCCUCAGCCCCUUCUCCCCAGCUGAGGGCUACCAGCCUGUCUCAGACUGGGGCGAGGAGAUGGAGCUGAACUCGCCCCGGGGCAGUGUGGGGGACAGCCCCCCACAGGGCCCCGGCCCCGCCCCCCAGGCACAGCGGGCAGGGCCCCCUGGAGAGACUGCAGCUGCAGAGCCGGGCAGGCGGGGCACGGCAGAGCCCGCCGAGGCCACACAGCAGGAGGAGCCGGCGCGGGACAGGGGAUCGAUGGCGUUAGCAGCCCCUGGCGGCACGGAGAGGCAGGAGCCGGCCCCCACCACGGCUGGGAGCCCUGAGGAACCGGGGGUCCCUGCGACGCAAGCAGCCGUAGAGACCCCGAGCCAGCUGGAGGCGGAGCCGGUGCCGGGCGCGGUGCAAAUCACGGACCUCGAGCGGGAUAAUGGAGAGCCCUGAUGCCCCAGAGCCACCCCCGAGGCUGCCACGGCAAAGGUCAGGCGGCUCCCUCCGUGACUUCCACAGAUUGGUAGAGCCUCUUUCUGGAGCCGUGCGGGCAGGACGUGCUUUGAGGCUCAGCUGUCUGGAUGUUGUCUGGAUUAACCUUCCCGGGGGCCCAGCCUGGGGGUGCAGGGGUGUAUGUGGGGUGGGUGGCCUGGAGGGUUUAUUCUGGUGGGAAUUGCAUGACCCCGAGCAGCGGGGCGAGGAGGUCGUUCCAGCAAGCGGUGCAAAAUGUCUGGGAUCCGACGUUCAUCUGUCCACAAUUAACCUCCCCUGCUGGAGUCCAGGAGGGGCCAUGGCGUGUGUGUGUGUGUGUGUCCGUCUAACGGGAUCAGGGAGUGACCUAAAUCCCGCUGUAAAGACUAUGUGAGCCAGGGCCUCUCUUGUGCGCGGCUGCCCCAGUCCUGCCCCGCUAGCUCCGAAGUCCAGGCGAGGGCUGUGGGUUACCGGGGGGCACGUGUAUGAUCCCCAGCCACCGCUAGCCCUGUCCAAGCCCUACUAGCCAACGUCUCCUGUGCUGGAGCCAGCCGCGCUUUGCCCCUUCUCAGCUGUAACCAUUGCAAGGGGCUGUUCUCGGGCUGGCUGAAUGUGUCCCCGUCCUCCUGGUCUGCGCUCCCGGGCAGCCGGUUCCACCCACCGCUAUGCAGCCCGUGAAUCCUUUCCCCAGGGGGUAGGACUCCCCCACCCCGCUCACUGGGGGGGGCAGGAGCCUGGGCUUAGAGGUGUUGUCACUCCCCGGUGCUGCCCUGGCAUGCUUGGUUGUCUUGCCCAGGUCUCCUGUGCUGUCCGGCCGCUUUUGAUCAUGUAAAAGCAAUGCCAAUGUACCUGACUUUCUUACAAUAAAACCUUCACAAAGCC